GGUGAGGAUGGUAAGGAUGGUGAGGGUGGUGAGGAUGGUGAGGGUGGUGAGGAUGGUGAAUCCUCUGGUAAUUCAAUGACCGCCCAGUCAUCAAGAACUUCAGCUGGGGCGCCACCGCCACCACCACCACCGGAGGCUUCGAACAGAGGUAGUAGACUUCUAAAGCUAUUUGGACGGACUCCUCGAUCCAAUAGAGACCGUGAAGGCCAGAAUAGUAGGGGUGACGGGAAUGACGAAGAUGGUCAGGGUCGUGAAGAUGGUGAGGGUGGUGGAGGUGGUGAGCAACGCCCGCACCGGCUCACCAGGCUAUUUCACAGACGCAGGGAUCAAAAUCCUAUACCUGUGACCCGGGUACCAUUAAAUGACAUUCGGUCUGGCCAGGGUGACGUUGGUCUGCAACUCAGCAACACGGUACGCAUUGUGUCUGCAGCGGCUGCCGCUGCAGGUGCUUGGGUUGGGUGAAGGUCCAUGAGGAUGUGAAGCAUAACAGCGAAGCUCCAACUGAGCAGCGUAGGGAGAGGUUUACUUGAUAUAGAGGAGUGAAGCGAAGAUUACUAGUCAGUAGAGUUCAUAAACGAAAAUGGUUCAUCCGUAAUCCGUCAAAUUUGUUUUCCUCUCACGCGCUUCGUCAUGUGUAGUUCGCGCCG